CAGGGAUUAAAGGAGCUUUGAGCUGAGUCAGUCACCUCCCGUCUGACUUCUAUGCACAGUCUGUGUAUCUGACUUGCAGCACAGUAUAGCAAGAUCCUGAGUCCUGAACUAUUCAGAGCUGCCUGGGCAGGAACUUGUUGCCUGCCUGGCUGAUUCCCCAUGUGUGGUGCUGGGCAGGCAGACACUGAUGGACGCACCGUACCUCACCGAGCACAUGCUGCUGGCUCUUGUCCUCGGUCUGACCGUUUUCCCAUGUGUAAGGUCGGAUGGAAAUUCAACAGCACAGCCUGAAACUAAAAGUUUUCCAUGCCCUGAAUAUGUAGAAAACUGCUCAGGUAUUUCUGAGCCAGCAAAAUGGAGAGGCCAUUUCUCCCGAUGUCCAAAGACAUAUAGGCAUUAUUGUAUAAAAGGAAAAUGUCGCUUUGUUAAGGAAUUGAAAGUGCCAGCUUGUGUAUGUGAACGAGGGUAUACUGGAUCAAGAUGUGAAUACCUGGAUUUAUUUUACUUAAAAGAAGACAGAGGACAACUUGUUGUGAUUGGCCUGAUUGUUGCUAUGGUGACACUUAUUAUUGUCAUCAUUUCCAUAUGCAUCUGCUCUCAUAAUUGCAGAACAGCACACAGGAGAAAAAUGAAAGCGAAGGAGAUGGAAAACCUGAGUAAUGAUUCCACAAGAAAAAUGGAAGAAACCAAUUUUGCCUAGAGGUAACAAUGAAGCUACCUGCAGGCGGGUUAGAUGCUGCUGUUACAGAAAAGAAUAAGCUCUACCAUUGUGUAAAACAGAAAGACUGGCAUAUGGAAAAGAUCAGAAAAAUAGCCCAUUUGAAAGCUGAUACCAGUACCUUCUCUCGGUUUAUGUAAUCCUACAGAGUCCAGUUAUUAAUGUGUUAUAAUAUUUAUUGAUCUAUGAAAGAAAGAUCUUUCAACUGUCUCAAAGCUUGAAGUCGAAUAUGCUGCAAAGGCUGUCAGUUUGUCUUAACAUAAGACGUGUCAAGUUUUCAGAAUGUACGGAGUGUUUCUUACCAUAUCUGCCACUAUCUUUUGCAUUCCCCUAAGCUUCAAGUGUCAUUGCAUUGGUCUUUAUUGCAGUUACAGAGGUGUAGCUUAGAACCAUGGCGUUUUGAGCAUGUGUAUGCUAUGGUGCCACACCCUCCAUUGUGGUGUAGGGGGUAGUAAUGAUCCUUUGUUGCACAGCACUAGCUUUUGUCAAAUGUUUUCCAGCAUACCCCCCUACACAAACCAACAUGUACCCCCAUGCAAACCAACAUGUACCCCCAUGCACACCAAGAUGCCUCCUUCACAUAAUCUCCACCAAACAACAUGUACUCCUUGCACAACAUGACCACCCCUUGCACAACAACAGGAUAGUACCCCGCACAACAGCAUGCUUCGCCUGAACAACAAGAUGCCCCCCUGCACAUCAACAUGACUCUUCCUGCACACCAAACAUUCCCUCCUCCUGCACACCACACAUACACCUCUCUUGCACACUACACAUGCAUCCCUCCUGGACCCCACACGUUCCCCUCCUGCACAACAUGCCCCCCUCCUGCACACCUCACAUACCCUCAUCCUGCACAAUAUACGUUCGCCCUCCUGUACACCACAAAUGCACCACUCCUGCACAACAACAUGCACCCCUCCUGCCCACCAGCAUGCCCCACUGCACACCAGAUUAGUCCCCACAUUACAUUUUUGAAUUGCCUGAAUUUCCCAGAGUACCCUCAGAAGUUGAACCUGGCUGGAACACCAGCAGCUAUCAGCCACCCAUGCAGUGACACUGCAGCAGUAACAUGACAAUCAUAUUAGCAGCUAGUCUUCUGAUUGGGAACUACUACACUAGUUUUCUUCCCCUGCAGUCUGUUAUUAACUAGGGAGAUCCGGAGUAUGAGCUUCACCCAUGCUAAACCCCUGUGCAGUUACUACUAGUAAAUAUAAGUGGCAUCCAUGGAUAUAGCAGAUGCAGAAAAAGUAUUAUUUGUCUACCAAUAUGAUAUCUCUGCAGACCUCUCAUAGAUCACUGAUGGCAAAAGGCCUCACGGGUCAUCCAAUCAGAUCCUGCUUGUCUGGUAAAUAAUGUCACCACUGCACAAAUACACAAACACAGAAAUUGUCACAUUGCACUAACAGUGAUAUCCAGUGUACCAGUGACGUGCAGUGGGGUGAGGCAGAGCCUUUUCUGUCAUACUAAUGUUUGUGCCAGAGUUUUGACUGUAUAAAGUAUAUGAAAAAUACAAAUAAUUUGUUUGACAUAUCUUCUUUGCAUUAUUCUAAUCAUUGUUAUAGCCAAAACUCUAGAGUAAAAAGUCUAUGGCAGGUGAGGCAGUGCCUCACUUUUCUUUCUUUUCAGAACAUCUCUGAUCAAAACUCACCAAAUUUCCAGGAGUAUAUACUGCUGCACCUGUGUAUAAUGCCCAGAUGUACCCUUUGGCUCAUAUAUUGCAUGUAAAUCUGGCUCUGGGGCUAGCCAGUGCCCCCUGAGCUAUUUAGCUCACCGCACGUCCCUGCAGUGUAUCCCGCACAACAGCAUACCCCCCCCCCCCCCCCUGCACAACAACACGACCCUUCCUGCACUACAAUUUACAUUUCAGUUUGAACACACCCCACGCAAAUCUAAAUCUCUGCACGUUACAUCUGCCCCAUCUGCAGUGCGGCAUGAUUUUGCCCAUUUGCAUGCUUUUUUUGUUUGUUCACAAACCUGAAUAAGGCCCCUAGUAUGCUAUUAGUGAAAUAAGAAGCAAGAUUAGGGAAAAUAUACACAAUCUGGGUAAAAAGGCAAAAUACGACUCGCGCAACAAUAUACUUAAUCUACUACUUUAUACCUAUUCCUUUGAGACAAAAAAAUAGAAUCUUUACUACUUAGUACACUAUCUGCAAAUGACAUUUGAAAAAAAGUACUCAAUCACUACCUGUGCCAGAACUUACAAGUCUGUCAGGCAUCUUGCGCCAUAUGGCACAAAAAGUACACAUCUGUAUCCGGGACCUGUGAGUUACAAUAAUUGCUAUGUUUUAAUGAAAUAGUGGUUUUCUAUCAUGGUUUUCUAUGGAUUAUAGAAUAUAAAGUCUUGUUUAGCUACUUCCAAAAUACCGAAAAGCAAUUAGCGCGGAAGGCUUCAACUCUGAUUUAGAUGAAAGUGGUUACACCGUACAGUAGUAAGUGUGCGAUAUUUAAGUGAAAAUAAGAGAAUCUUCAAUAUAAACUACAGGGCCUGAUAUAGAGUUGAACGCAAAGCGAGUGUAUCUGUGCAUGUGUUCAUAUAAGCAUCUCUGUGGAUCUGCAGCCUCUUCUGUGCAGCACAUACUGUACAUCGGCCCGAUAUCUGCUUGCAGGGAAUUCGCACUUUGCAUACAGUCGGUUUGUAGAGGGCAUGUGUGGGCGUCUAGAUGCAAAUGCAAAUGUCUGGGGAUUUCAUACAGAUUUCUUGUACCAAAGAUAAGGUUGGUGCAAGUGAGUGCUGAUAGUGAUGGUGUCUGCUUUCAGCAGCAGAUGUACAGUGGUGACACAGCCACAUAGAUGCAGCCCACUCUGUAUACAGGUGGAAUUCCACAGCUAUGUUCAAGCAAGCAAUGUGCGACUCUGAAUCAGCCCCAUUGCUUUUAAAAUACAGUGCCAAGGUAAAUAUAUUUUAGUAUGAAUAACAGAUAAGCAUGCUUCCCAAGUAUAUUCUGCCUGAUUACCAUAGCUGAACACAAUGUAAUCUACAUAAUCUAUAGGCUCCCGAAAAUCAUGUGGCGCACUCAGACACACAGAAGAAUGGGCGAGUCUCCCAGAGAUGCCAGCUACUGCCAACCAGCCACCCAGAUCGCACUGAAUCGAGUUACCCUAGUCACGCCACCCUAUUUUACAAUGGCAGUAAACUUGCCAUUGUACAGUGGAGGUGUGGCCACGAUGACAUCAUGGCACAGUCUCCUUUGCCACAUCACGCCCCACCCCAUGCCAAGCCACAUGGAGGGGGCAUCCACAAAAUCGGCAUCUAUGAUGUAGCAUUUACAUUUGCUAGGCAGGUUACAUGUAAUAAGAUAUAUUGUUAACUUCUGUGUGGCGUUCAGAUGCCGAUAGUCGUUCUCCCGACACUGGUCGGAAUGUCGAUGCUGGGAUCCUGACGUGGAUCAAAAUGCUGGAAUCCUUAGGGUUAGGCUAUGGGGGUGAGAGGGUUAGGAUUAGGCUGCGGGGAGGAGGGUUAGGCACC